UAUGUAUCUUGCAUAAUUCGGACGUAAGAAUAUUGACUUUACUUCCAUCUCAAGUCGCCUAGAAGAUUAUACUCCAUACUGUCGGGUCUAGAGAAUUUCCUGAAUCGGUUAGAUUUGAUUCCCGACUCGACUAUGCGCCGCUGUGGAUUUAGAGGGACAGCUGUGACGGCAUGUACAUGUAUGGUGGGGUUGGGUUGAUCCACGCUGCCACGAUAAUCGGACGCAAGUCGUCAGCUCCUCAGCACUUUAGAUCAGGGUUUUCCGUUCGCCUUUUCGUCCCCUCGUUUCAUUUUUUGAACUAAUGCCAUCUGACUCGGAAACCAGACCCAAUUCCUCCCGCAGACACAUACUUCUGCUCUCGCUCGUCGUCGUGAUCCUGGCGUCGUUUCUCACCACAGCUUUGCCCCGCCUGUUCCUCCUCGCAACCCAAGUUUCCAUACCUCUAUCUUCCAACAUCCGCCAAUUCACCACCAACCCCCCCAAGAUGUCGUUCGCGAAAGAACUCGAAGUGGCCCAGCUGGCGGUGCAGCGCGCCGCCAUCCUUACGAAGCGCGUCUUCCACGAGAAGGCCAAGGGCACGUUGAACAAAGACGACAAGUCGCCCGUCACCAUCGGCGACUUCGGCGCGCAGGCCCUCAUUAUUUCCUCGCUCAAGGCUAGCUUCCCCGCGGAUGAGAUCGUGGCAGAGGAGGAGGCGAGCACUCUGCGCGAUGACGCCAACCUGCGCGCGCAGAUCUGGGACGUGGUCAAGAACACAAGCCUGUCGGAUCCGGCUGCUGAGGACAUCCUGGGCGGGCCUGUCAAGGACGAGGAGACCAUGUUGACCAUGAUCGACUAUGGAAACUCCAAGGGCGGCGCCAAGGGCAGGAUAUGGGCCAUUGACCCCAUUGAUGGCACCAAGGGCUUCCUGCGCGGUGGGCAGUACGCUGUCUGUUUGGCCCUCAUGGUGGAUGGAGAUGUCAAGGUCGGCGUGCUUGGGUGCCCGAACCUGCCUAUCGACGAUGCAACGCAGUUGACCGCCGAGAUCGGCAAGGACCAGACGGAUGAAGGGAACGGUGCCUUGUUCUCGGCUGUGCUGGGACAGGGGGCUACGAGCCGGCCCAUGAGCACUGGUGGUUUGGAGAAGGAGAGGAGCAUCAGCAUGCGGCCCAUCACCGAUAUCAAGAAGGCAACAUUCUGUGAGAGUGUCGAGGCCGGCCACUCGAGCCACGGCGACCAGGCUGAGAUUGCGAAGAAGCUGGGCAUCAACAACCCCAGCGUGAGGAUGGACUCGCAAGCCAAGUAUGCCAGCAUAGCGAGAGGCGCGGGAGAUAUCUACCUGAGGUUACCGGUUAGUGCUACUUACCAGGAGAAGAUCUGGGACCAUGCCGCUGGAGACUUGAUUGUGAGGGAGGCUGGGGGCCAGGUGACAGAUAUCCAUGGAAAGAGGUUAGACUUUACGGUUGGCCGGACGUUGGCGAACAAUAAGGGUGUGGUGGCUGCGCCGGCUGGCGGACAUGCUGAGGUCCUUGCUGUGGUCCAGGAGGUCUUGGGCAAGAAAUAAGGGGCUGCCAUAGAAUCGGCAUGUUUGGUAGCAUCGGCAAUACUCGGCCAGUAAUCGAUGUUAGCCACAACGGGUUGAAUCUAAACUUUAUCGCCUCCGCGUUUCUGGCCUUUCAACCUGAAGCCUGUUGUUAGUAGUUGCAUCUGCAGCGAUUUAUACGAAAUUAUGUAAUGCUCACACACGGACCUGAAAUUGUAGAAGUAUACCACUAUUUCCAAGCGGAAGAUAGUAUCAACGGCGCACCGAGGCGGAAUGCACGAUUUGUUUUCAUUUACUACACUGGAAUCCCGUG